AAAAGAUCUGGAGCUAGAAUGAAUAGCCGGUAGUGUUAAAAAAAAAGGAUUGAAAAAAAGGAAAAAAAAGGAGAAAAAUUAGAAAGAAACUGAUUUGAUCUACCCUGGAAUUCGAUUCACCCGCUGUAAUCGAAGUAGAAAAGCUCCUGCAUCACUGGAACUGCUCACUUCUUCCUGAUUCUCUGCCCACACUUCAACAAUGGUGAAGACAUACGUGAGAGAGAACGUGCCUCUCUCUCGUUUCGGUGUCUUGGUUGCACAACUUGAAUCCAUAGUCGUCUCUGCUGCUCAACAGCCUCCGGAGCCACUUCUCUGCUUCGAUCUUCUAUCCGAUCUCAUCUCUGCCAUCGACGAAGAGCCCAAGGAAUCUAUACUGCUGUGGCAAAGAAAAUGCGAGGAGGCACUGUAUUCUUUGCUCAGUCUUGGUGCCAGGCGACCGGUGCGUCAUCUUGCAUCAGUAGUAAUGGCAAGAAUUAUAUCCAAGGGAGAUACGAUUUCAGUAUAUUCACGAGUUAGCAGUCUUCAAGGGUUUUUGUCUGAUGGGAAAAGGAACGAGCCUCAUAAGAUUGCUGGCAUUGCCCAAUGCUUGGGAGAAUUAUAUCAGCACUUCGGGAGAAGAAUCACUUCUGGUUUGCUUGAAACGACUAUUAUUGCUGCAAAGCUCAUCAGAUUUAACGAGGAUUUCGUGAGACAAGAAGCUCUGCGUUUGCUUCAGAAUGCUUUAGAAGGUUCUGGGGGUACUGCAGCUGCUUCAGCAUACACUGAAGCAUUUCGUCUGAUUACUCGUGUGGGAAUUGGUGAUAAAUCAUUCAUUGUUAGAAUAGCUGCUGCAAGGUGCCUAAAAGCAUUUGCUAACAUUGGAGGACCAGGGUUAGGGGUUGGAGAACUUGAUAAUUCAGCCUCUUAUUGUGUUAAGGCCAUGGAGGAUCCAGUUUCAUCAGUUCGGGAUGCAUUUGCUGAAGCUUUGGGUUUGUUACUGGCUCUUGGAAUGAAUCCUGAAGCUCAGGUUCAACCAAGGGGAAAAGGUCCCUUUCCUCCAGCAAAGAAACUUGAAGGUGGUUUACAUCGGCAUCUAUCUUUGCCAUUCAGUAAAGCAAAUGGACCACGGUUGAAGGAAAUUCGUGUUGGUCUUACUUUAUCUUGGGUGUUCUUUUUGCAGGCCAUUCGUCUCAGAUAUCUGCAUCCGGAUACUGGACUUCAGGACUUUGCUCCGCAGGUUAUGGACAUUCUUCAUGCUGAUACUUCUGUGGAUGCCCAUUCACUGGCUUGUGUGCUAUAUAUUCUUAGGGUUGGCAUUACUGAUCAAAUGACAGAACCCACCCAAAGGAACUUCUUGGUUUUUCUUGGAAAGCAGCUGCAAUCUCAAGAUGCUAGCCCUUCGAUGAAGAUUGCUUGUUUGCGUACUUUGUCAUAUACCAUGAAAACUCUAGGAGAGGUCCCCUCAGAGUUUAAGGAAGUACUUGACAGCACAGUUGUUGCUGCGGUUUCUCAUUCUUCACAGCUUGUACGUAUUGAGGCUGCUCUAUCAUUGCGCACAUUGACAGAGAUUGAUCCUAACUGUGUUGGUGGGUUAUUUUCGUAUGGGGUGACCAUGCUAACAGCUCUAAGAGAGAAUGUUUCGUUUGACAAGAAUAACGAUCUGCAGUUGGAGCUUGAUUCUCUGCAUGGUCAGGCUGCUGUAUUGGCAGCAUUAGUGUCUGUAUCUCCCAAAUUACAUCUUGGUUAUCCAUCUAGAUUUCCCAGAUCAGUGCUUGAAGUAUCAAAGAAAAUGCUGACAGACCCUUCCCGUAAUCCCGUUGCUUCCACUGUUGAGAACGAAGCUGGAUGGUUACUUUUAUCAUCACUAUUAGCUUGUUUGCCUAAGGAGGAACUUGAAGACCAGGUUUUUGAUAUUCUUUCCUUGUGGGCUGCAUUUUUUACUGGAAACAUGGAAAAUGAAAUUAAGCAAACUACGGAUUUGACUUCUAGGAUAUGUGUUCUUAAUCUUUGCAGUGUUUGGUCUACCGCCAUUGAUGCACUUACAGCAUUUAUUAGAUGCUUUAUUUCUCCAGAUGUCACAAGUACUGGGGUUUUUCUUCAACCAGUGAUUUUAUACUUGAGCAGAGCCCUAUCCUAUAUCUCAUUAUUAGCCGCCAAGGAUCUGGCCAGUUUGAGACCUGCAUUAAACAUCUUGAUCAUAAGAACGUUAAUUGCUUAUCAGUCUCUUCCUGAUCCCAUGCUGUAUAAGAAUGACCACUCUCAGAUUAUUCAGUUAUGCACAACUCCCUUCAGGGAUGCUUAUGGAUGUGAAGAAAGCUCGUGCUUGAGGUUACUACUUGAUAGACGAGAUGCAUGGUUGGGUCCUUGGAUUCCUGGAAGGGAUUCAUUCGAGGAUGAGCUUCGUGCUUUUCAAGGGGGAAAGGAUGGGCUUAUUCCAACGAUAUGGGAAGAUGAAAUUUCAAAUUUUCCUCAGCCAGAGACAAUAAACAAAAAAUUGGUGAACGAGUUGCUCCUGUGCUUUGGGGUUAUCUUUGCUUGUCAGGACAGUGGUGGAAUGCUGUCUCUUCUUGGAGUUAUGGAGCAGUGUCUGAAAGCUGGAAAGAAACAGCCAUGGCAUUCUGCUAGUGUCACUAAUAUAUGUGUGGGGCUGCUUGCAGGUUUCAAGGCGCUUUUGUCUUUGCGUGUGCAACCUGUAAGCCUGGAGGUUUUAAGUUCUGCCCAGGGUAUUCUUCAGAGUAUUCUUGCUGCUGGAGAUAUUUGUGCAUCACAACGUAGAGCUUCUGCUGAAGGUCUUGGGUUAUUAGCCCGUCUUGGGAAUGACAUUUUCACUGCAAGAAUGAUCAGAUCGCUACUUGGCGACCUAACUGGGAUGACAGACUCUACCUAUGCUGGGUCAAUUGCUUUGGCACUCGGCUGCAUACAUAGAAGUGCAGGAGGGAUGGCCCUGUCGACAUUAGUUACGGCAACAGUGAAUUCAAUAUCUAUGCUAGCUCGGAGUUCAAUUACCAGUUUGCAGACAUGGUCUUUGCAUGGACUUCUUUUGACUAUUGAAGCUGCUGGCUUGUCCUAUGUGUCCCAAGUUCAGGCGACUCUUGGCCUUGCACUGGAUAUUCUUCUAUCUGAGGAGAAUGGAUUAGUUGACCUUCAACAAGGAGUCGGUCGCUUAAUAAAUGCUAUUGUUGCUGUUCUUGGUCCUGAACUGGCCCCAGGAAGCAUUUUCUUUUCACGUUGCAAGUCUGUUGUUGCAGAGAUAAGCUCCUGGCAAGAAGCAUCAAUCAUGCUCGAGAGUGUUGGCUUUACUCAACAACUUGUUUUGUUUGCGCCACAAGCUGUUUCUGUGCGCUCCCACUUGCUAGUUCUUCUCCCAACUUUAUCCUCUAAACAGCCAACAUUACGACAUCUUGCUGUAUCUACUCUCCGGCAUCUUAUUGAAAAGGAUCCAGUUCCCAUCAUUGAUGAACAAAUAGAAGAGAGCUUAUUUCAUAUGCUAGAUGAAGAAACUGAUUCAGACAUUGCAAAUAUGGUGCGGACCACAAUUAUGCGCUUACUCUAUGCAUCAUGCCCCUCAUGCCCAUCUCACUGGAUAACAAUAUGUCGAAAUCUUGUUCUUGCUACAUCAACAAGGAGAAAUAUUGAAUAUAAUACUAACUCCGAAAAGGAUCCUUCAAAUGCUCCCGAUGGUGACCAAAAGUUGAGCACUGGAGAAGAUGACGAUAAUAUGGUUUCUAGCCACAAGAGAGUUACAAUACCAGGACAUGCUCUAGAGCCUUCCAACAUUAUAACUCAAAGGGAUAAACAUCUUAGAUAUCGAACCAGAGUUUUUGCUGCCGAGUGUCUCAGUCGUCUACCUGGUGUGGUUGGAAAGAAUGCAGCUCAUUUUGAUCUUCAUUUAGCAAGGGACCAAUUGGCUAAUGGGCAUGGCUCUGGUGAUUGGCUAGUCCUUCAUGUGCAAGAGCUUAUUUCACUUGCUUAUCAGAUCAGCACAAUUCAAUUUGAAAGUAUGAAGCCAAUUGGUGUUGGACUCCUAAGUUUGAUCAUUGAUAAGUUUGAACGUGUAGCUGAUCCCGAGCUUCCGGAUCACCUUCUAUUGGAGCAAUAUCAGGCCCAACUAGUAUCUGCAGUUCGCUCUGCCUUAGAUACAUCCUCUGGCCCUGUUCUUUUGGAGGCAGGACUGCUGCUGGCCACUAAGAUCCUCACAAGUGGAAUAAUCGAUCGUGAUCAAGUUGCUGUUAAGCGCAUUUUUUCAUUAAUUUCACGGCUAUUGGGUGACUUCAAGGAACUUUAUUAUCCUUCAUUUGCUGAAUGGGUCUCAUGCAAGAUUAAGGUUAGGCUUCUGGCUGCACAUGCCUCUCUCAAAUGUUACACAUAUGCACUUUUGAGGAGACACCAGAGCGAAGUUCCACGUGAGUAUCUAGCCCUGUUACCAUGGUUUUCGAAGAAUUCGACUAUAUUGGGAAAGCACUGGAUUGGGGUUCUGAUGGAUUACAGCCAUACAUGCUUAUUCUUGCAUCCCAAGAAAAAUUGGAAUCCUUUUCUCGAUGGAAUUCAAUCACCUCUGGUUGUAUCAAAGUUACAGCCUUCAUUAGAAGAAUCUUGGCCAGUUAUUUUGCAGGCCAUUGCAUUGGACGCAAUUCCUGUGAAACUUGAUGGGAUUACAAAUUUGUCCAGAAAUAAUGCAUCAGAAGACAACUUUUUAUCUGGAUAUAGCAUGGUUGAACUGGAUUCUAAUGAAUAUCGAUUUCUGUGGAGCUUUGCUCUGUUUGCUUCGUUUCAUGGACGUCAUCCCCUUGGGGAUCAAAGGAUACCACCACCUUCUGCUACGGAAAGUGGAGUUGAAGACUCUCCAAAAGAAACUACGGAUCCUACAGAACUAAAACUCUAUGAAAUCGUACUGCCCGUGUUUCAAUCUUUAUCGACUGAAAAAUUCUGCAGUGCAGGAUUUAUUACAGUCGACAUCUGCAUAGAACUUCUGCAGGUUUUCUCAUAUUACACGUUCUUGGAUAUCUCUUGGAAUUCUCUUGCAGUGUCUGUGCUGUCCCAGAUUGUUCAGAACUGCCCUGAAAGUUUUCUUCAAACAGAAGGCUUUGCUUAUCUCGCAUUGGAAUUAUGUCUGGCUUUCCUUUUUCGAAUGUAUCAGAGUAUGAGCUCCAGACAGCUAGAUCAUCCAAAUUGGGAGGAUUUGAUAUCAUCAUUAUUUAUCACACUAAAGGUACUCAUGGAGCGUUCUGAAUUUAAGAAACAAAUAGUAUCUUUGCUGCUGGCCUUUUUCUCAAUCGGACACAAAUGCUUCAGGGAAGCAUCGACUGAAUUCUGCUUGUCUAAAGUAAAUGAUUUUAUAAGGUCCUUUGGCCAUAUAUUAGAGAAACUUAUCCGAGAUAGUACCAAGCUUGGUGAGGAUGGUCGUCAGUCUAAAAUACUUCUUGGAACGUGUAUGAAUUUGGUUGUGGAUUUGUGCAGAAAUUGUGUCGAGGGCAUUCAUUUGGUCAAGAACAAAAGCUCCAAUCUCCAGAGACUACUGCAAGUGAAACUUGCUUUCUCUCUAGAGCAAAUUAUUUCACUGGGAAAGCUGGUUUAUCUAGCUGGGUGUCUCGAAGCGCAUAAAGAGAUCGAGAGUGUAUGUUUUACUGUUUUCAAAUAUGGAACUGAGUGCAUCAGAAACGUACUUCAUGAUUCAAACUCACAGGUUCAGGCAAUUGGGUUGCAAGUACUAAAAAGCAUGACACAGAAAUACAAAAAUAAAGAAGAAAAAGCCUUCCUGCUGUUCUUUGUUGGGGAACUCAUUGGAGAUGUUUUGAUGAUAAUCCAUAACAUGUUGAAGAAACCAAUAACCAAAGAAUCAACAGUGAUUGCUAUUGAGUGCUUGAGAUUCUUAGUGCUUGUACAAACAUCGCCAAAUGUCGGUGAAUGCCAGAAAAUUUUCAUGAAUCUGCUUCUGGAAGCAGUAGUCAUGAUUUUCGCUGAAUCGUCAGGCUCUAAUCCUAAAGAACUUGAUGAAUUGAGAAACACAGCAAUAAAGCUUGUUUCUCAUCUUGCUCAGAUUCCUUCCUCUGCCGUUAUUUUCAAGGAUGUCAUAUUGUCGAUGCCAGUGAUGCAUCGGCAGCAACUUCAGGGGGUUAUUCGCGCUUCUGUCAUGCAAGAUCAACAUUCAACUCAGAAAAAUCUCCCAACACCGUUACUGGAGAUAAAACCACCAGCGAUAGAGGUGAAUAGAGAGAAAAUACCGCCUGGUGUAGUUGAGGCUAGCACUGAAAACAAUUCUGUGAUUGACGGUGAAGGGGAUGAGGAUGAAGACGAAGAAGACUGGGAUACAUUCCAGUCUUUUCCUGCUUCUACACGCGAAGCAAUAACCGAUAAUGUUGCAGAAUCUUGUGAAAGUGAGGGCUCUGAAGUUUUUGAAAGUAGCAGCCCUAGUGUCAGCAUGGAAGACUCCCCUCCCCUUCCUACUGAUGCGUUGAAGGUCGAGAAUAUGGAACAUGGAGAAACUAGCGAAGAGGUGACAAUGUCUAUAUCCCCUACGGAUCAGAGAUCUUCAGACGGAGAUGCAACCAGCGACAGGAGUGAAAUGCAUGGAGUCAGUGACCACAAAAGUGAAAAUGUCGAUAUUGUUCCCAAUCAGGAACAGGACACAGAAAACGAAGCCAUGCCAGGAUAAUAACCAAGACAAGUGACUGAACAGGUAUCAUCUCAACUUCAACUAGCUGAAGAUGUAGAAGUUUCUGCUAGAGUGAGCUCUUUAGAGGAUCAUAAACCAGUAGACGAAAGCCCGGAAAAUAAAACCGAGUAGAUAACUUCAGAUGGUGAAACACUCGAUGAUGAAGCAGAUAAUGACCAUGUUGGGGAAUAUAAAGAAGGUAAGAAAAAAAGACAAUGUGGUUAAAACUUCGAGCGUUGAUGACGAGGAACAGAGAAAUGACAGUUUCUGAGUUCCAAAAUAGCAUUGAUAUAGUUGUUUCAAGUUAAGGAUAGAAUUCGAGAUAUUUGUCAUCACAAUUGUAGGUAAAAUUACCUUUUUUUUUGUUAUUUUUUCAUGAUAGCCUUAUCA